AUGGCGCCGAGCAAGGCUUUCACGUAUUGCGAAGGCGUGCCGUCAUGGAACCCGACGACAUAUGUGGCUGACACGGCGCUACACGAACGCGCCGAAGCAUUCCUCGCUAGUGAUGAUUUCCAGUCCGCUGUCAUAGCCUCCUUUGCGUUACCGCAUCCCCGCCGUGAUUCCUACGUCUACCAUGCUAUCGUUAGCGUUACCUUGGCCGAAGUCCAACAUAUCGUUUCACUUGGACGUCAGAACGCCUUCCACGCCUGGUACUUUGAGCCUGCACCCGCACCCACACCUACCGAAGACGAUGCAAAACCCGAGCAAACCCCAUCUUCGAAAAAACUGAGAGCUCUCCCACCACCCCCACGCCCCGACAUCGACGCCUACCUCUCCAUCUUCGACCCUAGCACCUCAACCCCCUCCGCCCUCAAGACCUUCCUCUCCAACGCCAAGAAGGGCAGCCUACGCACCGAAAUAGCUAGCUACCUACAGUCGAAGCGAUACCUACACCCCGCGCUCGCGUCACAACUCACCAUCCCCAAGCAGAACAAGAGCAAGAACAAAAACAAAAACAGUACCAACAACAACAACAAUGUCCCGCCGAACCCCUACCUAACGUUCCUAAAUUGGAGCUGCCGCAACCUCGAAUGGGCCGGCCCCAGCGUCUCCUCGACCCUAGCAGGCAACCGCUCGCACCAUGUAUUGCCCGUCCUAAUGCACCACUUCGGAUGCGCUUGUCCCAGCCACGAAGCGCUCUCGAUCCUGCGCGUGCUCGCCGCGGGGCGCGAGGUGCUUGACCUAGGGUCCGGCGGGGGAUAUUGGAGCUUCAUGCUGCGACAAUACGGGGUCCGCGCUAUACCCGUAGAUAGCGCCCAGAGUGCGUGGCGCGUAAACUGGGUAUCCGACACGACGAUCGCCGAUGGCGCCGAGUGGCUGCGCAAGCGACGACGAAACAACAAAUCCUCGGCCGGAAAUAGCAAAUCCAAAACUGAAAUAAACCCCAACGAAGCGGUCCUGCUCCUCGUAUACCCCAUCGUCGGGGGCACCAUUGCCGGCGGCGAAGAGGGCGGGUUUACGCGGCUCAUGAUGGAUGCGUAUUCCGGGGACACGUUAGCCGUGGUCGGUACGCAGAAUCACAAUGGAUACACGGGAUUCCGGGACUUGAGCAUGGACGAGUAUAUGGAACGGGAGCGUGCGGGUGAGGGUUGGGUCAAGGUUGUUCAGAUCGCGCUGCCAAGCUUCCCGGGCAAAGACGAGGCGCUGUUCGUCUUCCAACGUGGCACCAGAGCCCCGACUAGUACCGGCGAUACCGAUGUAGCUAGUCAGAUAGAUACUAGUAGUGGUAGUAAUUUGAAGAAAGAUGGUACAUGA